UCAACGUCCAUUUCUAGAUAUGCCUAAAUUAAUAGACCUACAAGCUCUCAAUGGAGUUAAUAUGGGUCGUGUUUUACAAACCAAUAAAUCUUGUGCUAAUAUUUUUAACCAUAUUGCUAAUGAAAUGAGGAUUACAAUUUCCAAGGAUAUUAUUGAAAACAAUAGAAAAUUAUGUAUUGUAGUCGAUGAGUCAACUACGUUGAGCAAAAGAACAAUGUUAGUGAUUUGCCUAAGAUGUGCUAAUGGUGAUUCUCAAAACAUUAAUAUUUUUUUUUUUGAUAUUAUUGAGUUAAAUUGUACUUCAGCUGAAUCAAUUAAAACUGCUAUAAUUAAUAAUUUGUCAAAACAUGGAAUCAAAUUAGAUUUUUUAAAACAACAUUUAGUUGGAUUUAUUAGUGAUGGAGCUUCUAACAUGCUGGGAAGAAAAGCUGGAGUUGGUGUUUUACUACAAAACAUUUUUCCUGAAAUCAUUAUUUGGCACUGUUGUAAUCAUCGAUUGGAACUUGCAGUAAGUGAUACUAUUAAAGAAGUGCAAGGUCUUAAUCACUUCCAAUGUUUUUUUGAAAAACUUUAUUCUUUGUAUCAUCUAUCUCCCAAAAAUAUGUCUGAACUUAAUGCAUGUGCUGCAUCUUUAGAAAGCAGAAUUUUAAGUAUAGGUAAGAUAUUUACUAUUCGGUGGGUAGCAUCCAGCUUUAGAACAGUACGUGCAGUAUGGAAUAACUAUGUUGCUCUCCAUAAACAUUUUCAGGAAUCUUCCAUUGAUAAUAAAAGAGAUGGAAAAGAAAAGUCUAAAUACUCAGGUCUAAUUAAUAUGUUAACAUCAAAGGACUUUGUGUUCAAUUUAGGUAUGUUAUAUGAUGUAUUAAAUGAAUUAUCUGAUUUGUCAACACAACUACAAAAAAGAGAUUUAGGUUUGGCAAAAGCUCAUACUAUGAUUGAUCGAACAAUUAGAAUUUUGGAUAGUAUGAUUGAAAUACAUGGACCCAAACUAAUAGAAGUUAAUUUAGCAAUUGAAGAAAUGGUUUUUAAAGGCAUCCAACUUCAUAUCCACAAAAGCGUGCAAAAGAUUAAUUCCAGUCAGUUUUUCAGAAGUAUUUCAAAUAAUCUAAAAAAUCGAUUAUUUACUACUCAGUCAUCACAUGUUUCAAAUGCAUCAUCUAACUUGUUUAAAGAAACUUAUGAUCAAUUUUUAGCUGAUUUAAAUGUAUUUGAUUCAAAUAGUUGGCCAGAUAAUUUUGAUAUUCAGUAUGGUGAUGUUAGCAUUCGUCGCUUGUCACAAAAAUUCAAAGUUGAUGAAAUUAGUGCUGUUAGAGGUUUUCGUGAAUUUAAAGAUACUCGGGAUGAAAAUUUAGAAGACCUCAAAAAUUUGACCUCUGCGAUUAAAACAAUUGCAAUAUCUUCAUCAGAAUGCGAACGGGCCUUCAGUUCUAUGAAUGAGAUAGUGUCUCCAAAAAGGAAUACUUUAAGUUCUGAACAUAUUUCAUCAUUAAUAUUCAUAAAUGCUGUUGGUCCCCCAGUUGAAAAAAUAAGUACAACAAAAUGGAUUGAAUCUUGGAUAAAAAAGGAAAUAGACUUGCAACUGAAGAAAACUGUCCUAAAAGAAUAA